UUUGGACAGAAAAAAAUGCUAGGUGCGUUUCCCAUAUUGCCCCUUCCGGCACCACCCUCCGAUGGGAAUCUUGGUCCUUUACCACCUUCUCAGGUGCCGGAAGGAUCCACGGACGAGAAAAUGCAAGAGGCCGAGGAGGAUGAGAACAAAGCUGAUAAACCCAACUCGGCUCCUUCAUCGAUUGCGACCCAUACGAGAACUAUUGGAAUUAUACACCCCCCUCCUGAUAUCAGAAACAUUGUUGAUAAAACAGCACAGUUUGUGGCGAAAAAUGGAAUCGAGUUUGAGAAAAGAAUUAUUGCUAACAAUGCUGGGAAUGCCAAGUUCAAUUUCUUGAAUGCUUCGGAUCCAUAUCAUGCGUAUUAUCAGCACCGUUUGUCUGAGUUUCGUGCCCAGACUCAAGGUUCUUCCCAACCGCAGGCUGAGAAGGCUUCAGAUUCUUCUGCUCCUGAGUUGAUCCCUUCUGCGCCGGCUGCUGAUGAUUCAGCAGCAAAGUCUGACCCCUCGGCCCAGUUUAGGCCAGUAAAGAAGGUGCUUGAGCCUCCGGAGGCGGAGCAGUACACGGUGCGGCUUCCUGAGGGGAUUACAGGAGAGGAAUUGGAUAUAAUUAAGCUGACUGCACAGUUUGUGGCUCGGAAUGGGAAGUCCUUUUUGACGGGUCUGACAAGUAGAGAGAUGAAUAAUCCUCAAUUUCAUUUUCUGAAGCCGACACACAGUAUGUUCAUGUUCUUUACGUCGCUUGCAGAUGCAUAUUCGAAGGUGUUGAUGCCUCAAAAGGGGUUGACUGAUAAGCUGUUGAAAAGUGUUACUGAUAUGACUACUGUUCUUGAACGGUGCUUGCACAGGCUGGAGUGGGAGCGUUCGCAAGAGCAGGCGAGGCAGAAAGCUGAGGAUGAGAUAGAGCAGGAACGGUUACAGAUGGCCAUGAUUGAUUGGCAUGAUUUUGUUGUGGUCGAGACUAUAGACUUUGCAGAUGAUGAGGAUGAGGAUUUACCCCCUCCAAUGACCCUCGAGGAGGUUAUUAGGAGAAGCAGGAUGUCUACUACGGAUGAAGCAGACAUUGUUGAGCCUGGAAAGGAAGUGGAAAUGGAGAUGGAUGAAGAGGAGGUGCAGCUUGUUGAAGAGGGUAUGAGGGCUGCUAGUCUUGAAGAAAAUGGUGAGAAGAAUGAAGCCAAGGCAACUCCAGAGGAACAGGAACCACCGAUGAGGAUUGUGAAGAAUUGGAAGAGGCCUGAGGAGAGGAUCCCUGCAGAAAGAGACCCGACUAAAUAUGUUGUUUCCCCAAUAACUGGAGAGCUUAUUCCCAUUAAUGAGAUGUCUGAACAUAUGAGGAUUUCUCUUAUUGAUCCCAAGUACAAAGAGCAAAAAGAGAGGAUGUUUGCUAAGAUUCGGGAAACCACUCUUGCCCAAGAUGAUGAGAUCUCCAGAAACAUUGUGGGACUUGCGAGAACUCGUCCUGAUAUUUUUGGUACGACAGAGGAAGAAGUUUCUAAUGCAGUCAAGGCGGAGAUUGAGAAGAAGAAAGAUGAGCAACCAAAGCAGGUCAUAUGGGAUGGUCACACGGGGAGUAUUGGACGCACUGCUAGUCAGGCCAUGUCUCAAAACAAUGGGGAGGAUCAGAAUGAUGUGGCCUACAAUGAUGCAUGGGGUCUUCCUGGUCCUGCAGCUCCUCCUCCUCCUAGACCUGGUGUGCCCUCCAUUCGGCCACUUCCUCCACCACCUGGACUAGCCCUGAAUCUUCCUCGACCUCCGAAUACAGUCCAGUACUCUGCUCCUACGAGUGCUGGGGUCCUUGCACCACCUCCACCCAGGCCACCAGUUGUUAACAUGAUUCCAUCAGUUCGGCCUCCACAUGCUCCAAUGCCAAUGAUUCCUGGCCAGCAAGCUCUUAUGAUGAAUCGACCCCCUAUGCCACCAUCAAUUUCUGUGAAUCCUCCUAGUAUACCUGUGCCACCGCCGCCUGGAUCUCAGUUUACGCCUUUGGCACCACCUCGUCCUUUCGUCCCCCAUCCCAUGUCCCAGCCUGGCAUGCCUAUGGUUCCACCACCCCCUAUGCCUCAAGGAAUGCCUCCACCACCUCCACCUGAAGAAGCUCCUCCUCCACUUCCCGAUGAACCAGAGCCAAAGAGGCAAAGGCUUGAGGAUUCUAUGCUUAUACCUGAAGACCAAUUCCUGGCUCAACAUCCAGGACCUGUUCGCAUCAAUGUAUCUGUGCCAAAUGUUGAUGAAGGAAAUCUCAAGGGGCAACUUCUGGAGAUUACUGUGCAAUCCUUAUCUGAAACCGUUGGCAGCCUGAAAGAGAAAAUUGCAGGAGAGAUCCAGCUUCCUGCAAACAAACAAAAACUGAGUGGAAAAGCUGGCUUCCUCAAGGACAAUUUGUCUAUCGCAUUUUACAAUGUUGCAGGAGGAGAUACACUUACCCUUUCUUUGAGGGAACGUGGUGGCAGAAAGAGAUGAACAGAUUUACUUGACCAGGCCUUGAAGAGGUUCAUAUUGGAACUGUCUCACUACCUUGAGAAUUCUUCUAAUGAAAUUGUGGCGCACCAUACAACCUUCUUCGAUAUUAUUUCUGAAAUUAUGUUGGUCACGUGCUUUUAGUAACUUUUGGAACUUUAUUUUCUUUCUCUUGAGCUGAUGGUUUGGUAUCCACUACAGAUUUGGCGUCUUCGGGAUCAUCACUUAAGGGUAAGAGGAAGUUGGCUAUUUUGUAUGUUAUUAAACCCACCGGGUUGACAGUGACUCCUCUUAUCUAUAUUGCUAAUUUGGUUAUAAUGUUUACAUUUGCAGUUGCUCCUUCAAAAAUUUGUUCUCCGUACUUAUAUUCUUUUGAUUUUUUUUUAACCACAAGUUCUCUCUUUGCAAUGAUGGCAAUCUGAAGGUUCUUCUCGAGUUUAGGUUUUUUUAGGAGAUCCGCUUUUGUGGGACAGGAACUUGUUUUGCCAGUGCUGAGCAUCUGGUAGCCUUAUAUGGUGCGUUCUGUUGGAGCUUAUGGCCCACUAGUCAAAUUUCCAUUUGACUGCAUAACUUUCUUGAUGUGCUAAUUAGUGGGCAGUGAUUUGGAUUCUCUCAUGCUUCACUUUUCUCAAUACAGCAAAGCUCCCUAGUUUGAAAAGGUUUAUGCUAUCUGACAAAUGUAUCAUGCUUCCUGUCUUAGCAGCAGAAGCAGCACUGUCCUGGGCUGGUUGCUCUUCUGGAUGGAGUGGAGAUUGCAGAUAUCUUGCAGAUCUAUAUUCUUUCUACAUUCCUUAGGAUUUUAAGUUGAGAAUACCCUAUUUUGCUAUUUAUGUUGCCCUGAGCAUUAAGCUGUCAGCAAUAUGGAAACUGACAGCUUAAGUACUGAACAAUAUGUUGGUCUUCAUAUUCUAGCAUUAUUGAGAAAGUCCCACUGCCAACCAGGCAGAGGAAAAAAAUAGACAGAAGUUUGUGUAGGCCGCAUGAAUUUUGUGCAAGUUAUGGUUGGUAUUCUUGCUGUUUUUAAUUUUUCAAUCACCAACUGAAGUUAUAUCCUUCCCUUAUGUUCCUUAGUUAGGAAAGCUCUAACUGGCAACUUGGUUCUGCUACUUGCGAGGCACCCAUUUUUGUUGGUGAGCCUCUCAUAUGGCGGAGGAGAAGGAAGCAUGAGAAGAUGCUAGCAAGUCUUGUGGCAUGAUUAGAUGGAAGUGAUCUCAGCUGUUGUCACCAUUAGUGGGUUGAUGAGUAGCCAUAUCAUUGCACAAGGGUGGCAUGGUCUUUGUAAUGCAUCUGUGGUUUUUUUUUACAUGCAAUUGGAUAUAUCCUAGCUUAAAUUGUUUCUCUUCUUUCAGUUUUGGCCCUCUCUGUGCAUGGGUUUGUAUGUGGGUGUGUGUUCAUGCACUCUAGUGUGAUGCAUGCGCACUUGUACUUGCACAUGUGCAUGCGUGUGUGCUUGCACACUUGCGUGUGAUAUCAAUGUACUGCCAUGACAUUUUCAUCCA